AUGGGGUACCUUGAAGUGGUCGUUCCACCUGAUUUUAUAGCCGAAGAGACUUCUGGCGACGUCAUGGUUCCUGAAGGUGGAAUGGCGACUUUAUCUUGUCGAGCCCGAGGCAUCCCGUCACCUCGUGUGAUGUGGCGAAGAGAGGAUGGAUCGGACAUAGUUAUUCGUUUUGCAAACGGCAGCAAAAGUAAAAUUGCCGUAUACGAAGAUGAAGUUCUAACUCUGAACAAGAUUUCUCGCUCAGAUAUGGGGGCGUACCUUUGCAUCGCUAGUAACGGAGUGCCACCGUCUGUUAGCAAGAGAAUGCUCGUGAAAGUUCAUUUUCACCCUGUAAUCCAAGUACCAAAUCAGUUGGUCGGUGCACCGCUCGGAACUGACGUCACUCUCGAAUGCUACGUGGAGUCUUCGCCUAAAUCUAUUAAUUACUGGGUCAGAGACUCAAAUGAUAUGGUCAUAUCGUCGAGCAAAUAUGAAGUGACGACAACGAUGCUCAGUUCGUUCGAGAGUAGAAUGACGCUCGUGGUCCGCCAGCUCGCCGAUGCAGACCUGGGAGGCUACCGAUGUAUCGCGAAGAACUCUCUCGGGGAAGUCGAUGGCACGAUUCGGCUCUACGGGAUAACGCGGCAACUGAUGGCAAACUCUAGUCCUACGAGUCGUAACGAAGACUUCUCGACCCCAAUUCAGGGACCAGAUAACCAAUUCGGAUCGGCGGAAAGGUCUGACGAUGAAGACGAAACGGCGACGGAUACGUCGGAUAGUUACAAUUCUAACGAUAAUUAUUCCUACAAAAAUAAAACAUUUUUAAAUUCUACACCCGAUCCUGAACGGCAGAAUGUGAGCAAUAAAGUUCGGAAAAUUAUAAGCGAUCUAAAAGAUGAAACCAUGAACAGAAGUCGUUUGGAUGCCGUCGUGAGAGCUGACUUGCUCAUGUUGGCUGGAUUCGUUUCAUGUUUCAACUGGUCCAUGUAG